AUGGAACCGGCCACAGACAGCGAGCAUGGCAGCCCCCCGGAGCCCAGCACACUGCAGCCCCCCGGGGGCAGCUCGCCCUUAGCCACCGGCUCCCAGCCUUACCCAGGCCGAGAGCCGCCGCAGGAGGAGCGGCAUCUCCGGAUCAGCGAAAGCGGCCAGUUUAGUGACGGGCUGGAGGAUAGAGGUUUAUUAGAAAGCAGCACAAGACUAAAACCUCAUGAAGCUCAGAACUACAGAAAAAAGGCGUUAUGGGUAUCGUGGUUCUCCAUCUUUGUUACCUUGGCACUGGCAGUGGCUGCCUUUACUGUCUCCGUAAUGAGGUACAGCGCCUCUGCUUUUGGGUUUGCUUUUGAUGCCAUCUUGGAUGUUUUGUCUUCAGCAAUUGUUCUGUGGCGUUACAGCAAUGCAGCAGCUGUACACUCUGCACACAGGGAAUACAUAGCCUGUGUGAUCUUGGGGGUGAUAUUCCUUCUAUCAUCUGUAUGUAUAGUGGUCAAAGCCAUCCAUGACCUUUCAACAAGGCUGCUCCCAGAAGUGGAUGAUUUCCUGUUCAGUGUUUCCAUUUUAAGUGGGAUCCUAUGCAGUGUCUUGGCUGUGUUAAAAUUUAUGUUGGGAAAGGUUCUGACAAGCAGGGCUCUGAUAACGGAUGGCUUCAACUCACUUGUAGGUGGAGUGAUGGGGUUCUCCAUUCUUCUCAGUGCAGAAGUAUUCAAGCACAAUGCAUCUGUCUGGUACCUGGAUGGGAGUAUAGGAGUGCUGAUUGGCCUGACCAUAUUUGCCUACGGAGUCAAAUUACUCAUCGACAUGGUGCCUCGGGUGAGGCAGACCCGCCAUUAUGAAAUGUUUGAAUGAAGGGAACUGGUGGGGGCACAGCCAGCUGUCCCCUCUCCUGCAUCAGUAGCAUGAGGACUCUCAAAAGUACAGGCAGACGGUGCCAACAUUAUUUAACUGAACAUCCAAUUUCUUUUUGGGGAAUUUUCUUUUGUAAAGUUUGUUGUAAUGGGAAGUAGAUCCAUUGAAACAGAUGUCUGUGCACUGCUCAUCCCUCAGCACCACAGACUCCCUUUCCCUACUAAAGUGCAUCACCCAACCAUGUAUAGGAGGGAGAGAUGAGAUCUCAAUUUUCCAGCCCUAACCAGUGGACACUUUUUUGUUCUCUAGAGUGAACCUCUCCUCAGUAAUGGAGGCCCAUUUUGAAAGAGUUUUACAUGUGACGUUGGGAGCUGUGUUUCCACUCAGUGAGGCCAAGGGGACCCAUAGCUUUCUCCUACCCAGCCAUCCCUUCAGAGACAUCCACAUAUGGCCCUCUAAUUUCUAACAAUGUAUUUAAUUGGUUUCAUACUGUUUUACUAAUCUUAAAUCUUAACCAAUUAGUUUAAAAGAAGCUACUCUAUUUUUAAAGUACUUAGUGACACGUAUAAGAGCUUUGCAUGGACCAACCAAGCACAUGUCCCUUUUCAGUGACCUUCAGAACUUGAAAGUAACUAUUAAAAUGGUUCCAUUUUUUCAGAAGUAAAAACUGAAGUCUUUUAUUUGUAAAAAAUAAAAAUUAUAUAUAUAAUCUAUAUGCAUAUAACUAUAUGACCUGUUAAAAAUGGUAAAUGGUAUAUGAUGGUGUGUUAGUGAUGAUAUACUCUUCUCUAAAGAGCAGGAUGUUUUCAGUUUGUGCAAUUUGUUAGAUUAGACUCUUCUGUAAAAAUGUUCAUCCAACACAAGGCAUUCUAUACCUCUAACACUGUUGCUCCUCUAAAGUAACGGUGUAUGAUCAAUAAAAAUAUCUAUUUUAUAUG